AUGGUGGGCAUCUUCCGCCGCAUCUAUGAUUGGCUGCUGAGCCUGUUCUGGUAUGUCCUCCCCCUCGCCGCCCAUCCGACAGCACCAGCAGAGCCAUCUUGUCGCCUUGCAGCCUGACGCAGCCGGCAACCCUCACCGCUCCGUCCCGACUUCAUGGCGACAAGCGGCGACGACCUUCGCUCCCACCUUGCAGACCUACCCUACCCACCCAUCGACGGCGCUUACAUGAUGUGCUUUCCUUUCGCAGGGCCACCGAGAUGGACAUCACCAUGAUCGGCCUCCAGAACGCCGGCAAGACCUCUCUCCUGCGCGUCCUGGCGGUGAGUUCGGCGAUGCGAUGCGCCCCCAAAUCGCUCUUCGAUGGCUGACCUUGUGAUACAGGGCGGCGAGUUCACCAUCGAGUACGUUCCCUUUGUGCGACCGACAGGGAUCUAGCCGAGAUCUACCUCCUCGCCGAGACGUGUUUCGAGACUGACAAGCCGUCGCACAGCUCCAUACCGACCGUCGGCUUCAACAUGAAGCGGGUACAGAAGGGCCAUGUCACCCUGAAAUGGUGAGUCAUCGAGGUGUUGUUCGUUGUUUCUUUCUUUCUUUCUUUCUUUCUUCCAUGCCGCGCGCAAUAGCGUUGGGUCAAGACGGUGGCGUUCGUUGCGAGAGAAACGGCUUGUGCAACGAUGACAGAGACUGACGCCGCACAGCUGGGAUUUAGGAGGCCAGCCAAGAUUCCGAUCGAUGUGGGAACGGUACUGUCGCGGAGUGAACGCCAUUGUGUAAGUCGCGCAUGUUGAAUGCGAUGACUCCCGUCCGCUCACGUCGACUCGCAGAUUUAUCGUGGAUUCGGCCGAUAAGGAGGCAUUACCCGUCGCCAAGGAGGAGCUCCACAUCCUCUUGAACAAACCGGCCAUGGAGGGCAUACCACUCCUCGUGCUCGGGAACAAGUCGGACUUAUCCGGGCACGCCACGGUCGACGAGCUGAUCGACGCUCUAAAUCUGAAGUCCGUCACUCAUCGGGAGGUAAGCUGUUACGGAAUUAGCGCCAAGGAAGAAACCAACCUGGAUGCUGUACUCCAAUGGCUCAUCGCGCGAGCGAAGAACUGA